AUGUAUCGACAAAUACUUGUUCAUCCUGACGAUGUCAAGUACCAAAAAAUUCUAUUUAGAGAAAGCAGGGACGAACCCAUCAAAAUUUAUACUUUGAAUACCGUAACCUAUGGAACUUCUGCUGGUUCAUAUCUUGCAAUUAAAUCCCUACAGCAAUUAGGAGAAGACGAACGUGAAUCUUAUCCUAAUGCUUUUGUAGUGUUGCAAAAUGAUUUUUACGUAGACGAUCUUCUGUCGGGAGCUAAAACUUUACCUAAAGCAAAGGCUCUUCGUAAUGAAUUAAAUGCUUUAUUAGCUAAAGGAGGCUUCCACCUUCGCAAAUGGGCCUCUAAUCAUCCCUCUCUCUCUGAUAACGCUUCAAAUUGUGGAGGAAGUAUGAGCAAAUCUCUCGAUCCCGAUACUACUACUAAAAUACUAGGAAUUCACUGGAGACCAUCUAGUGAUACUCUAUGUUACUCCGUAAAAAUAUCCGAUUCCAAGGCAACCAAGCGGGCCAUCUUGUCAGAAAUCGCUAAAUCGUUCGAUCCGAUAGGUUUGCUUGGUCCAGUUAUAGUAUAUGAAAAAAUCAUUAUGCAGUUAUGCUGGAAAUCCGGAAUUACUUGGGAUGAGUCUGUUCCUCAGGAGAUUCACAAUACCUGGGAAUUAUACAAAUCACAAUUGCCAGUACUGGAGACAUUAAGAUUCACGCGAUGUCUUUUAGUGGAAAAGGCAACUAAUUUGCAAAUCCACGGUUUCUGUGAUGCCAGUGAAAAGGCAUAUGGCACCUGUGUUUAUUUACGCUCUAUCAGUCCGGACGGCAAGGUAUAUACACGAUUAAUAUGCUCCAAAUCUCGUGUCGCACCAGUUAAUUCCGUAAGUUUACCUCGUUUAGAGUUCUGCGGUGCCCUUCUUUUAUCAACUUUAUACAAUGCAGUCCGUGAAUCAUUUGCUCUUCAAAUCGAAGAUACAUAUUUAUAG